AUGGGAUCCUACGGCACCGUCUCCCUGGCCGUUCCAGGUCGCUCUUCUUCCGCAUGGUUCCCGUCGCCGGCAUGCGUCGCCGUCAAGAGCGCCGAAAUAGAGCAUUCCGAUUCGCUCCAAUACGAGGAACGGUUUUUAUACUCCCUGCGAGGACACCCCAACUUCGUUCACUGCUACGGCACGGACAUCAGCCUCGAAGACGACGACGAAGUGGUGUACAAUCUCUUGCUCGAAUACGCCGCCGGCGGCUCCCUGCAAAGCUUGAUCGACUCGCGCCAAGAGGAGACGAUGAUGUCCGAAGGCGAGGUCGCGUUCUACGCGUACCAGCUCCUUGUGGGCCUCUCGGAUUUGCACGCCAUGGGGAUCGUCCCCUGCGACUUGAAACCCCUCAACGUUCUUGUUUUCCCCAUGCAACAAAACGGGCUUAAUCGUCUCAAGAUUGCGGAUUCCGGGCUGGCAAUUCAGGAUGGUAAGAUAGAGGAUUAUGAUAAUGAGUUUAGCAUGAAAUUCCGUGGCACGUUGCAGUACGGCUCGCCGGAAUCUUUAACCGGAAUUCACCAGGCCCCUAGGGAUGUUUGGGCGUUGGGGUGCAUUACGGUGGAGAUGAUCACAGGAGAAUCGGUUUGGGGAGAGUGGUGCAACAGAGCAGAUCUGAGGAUCAAGAUUGAGACUCAAGAGCCCAAGAUUCCGGAAAAUGUGUCUGUGUUUUGUAAAGAUUUUCUCAGCAAGUGUUUGAACAAAGACUCUAAGGGGAGAUGGAGUGCUAAGAGGUUAAUGACACACCCAUUCUUCUUGAGGAACUUGGCUCCUGUCAUAUAUUGGACCAAAGUGGACUGUGAUUAUCAAUUGCCCGAAAACCCUUUUGGAUACGACGAUCAAUGGGUAAACAACAAGGAUCUAUUUUCAACUUUCAACAGAGAUUCCUAUUAUGAUUGCAUGGAUGAUGAGACGGAAUAUGCUGAGGCAGUUCAGAUCAUAUGA